AUGUCAACUGUGAUCAACAAUCAAUCCAGUUCUCAUCAGUAAUUUAAACAGUUAACAGUUAUUACAUUUGUACCUUUUUAAAUCAUCUUAAUAAAAAUGAAAUUCGUUAUCAUCCUCACUCUAGUCGGUCUCACAAUGGCCAAACUCGGUGAAUGGAACGCUAUGGCAAACGAUGGCCACAAAGCCAUCGAAUUGGCCAAGAAAGGGGUUGCUCAUUAUAAUCUCAAUUCCAAGAGUUUUUAUUACCGGAAACUUGUCGAUAUUAAAAGUGCGAAAUCCAAAACAGAUAAUGGAGCCACCUACGAAAUCAUCUUCGAAAUUGAUAUGUCUAAUUGUCUAAAAACCAAACCUUAUUCAGAAGAAUGUAAAGUCCAAACAGAAUUGUUAACAGAGGAAUGUACUUACGUCUUUUACUCCGCACCAAAAUCGGACGAAUGUGAAAUCGUUAAAGGUUCAUGCAUACCGCUCAACUAAUCUGAUGUCCAUCCGAAUCGAUUUUAUUCACAAUAUUGUAUCCAGUUCUAUCUACUGUUUACUAAUAAAUUUUUUUAAUCUUUAACUGUA